AUGUCAAAGCGACCUCCAGGUUCGUUUUUUCGUGAUAGGAAGAAGAAGAUAGAAGCUGAAAAGCUAGAAUUAGCAAAACAGUGGGAAAAAACGCGGAAAAACUGGUUAAAAUGUGAAGUUGUGGAAAAGACUGACAAUUCUUUAGAUGUUGAGGUCAAUAAAGUAAACAUUGAACAAAAGGAAAAUGAAAUAAAUCUUAAGUCUGACGGUUCUUUAGAUGUUGAUGGCAACGAAAUAAAUAUUGAACAAAAUGAAAAAGAAAUAAAUAAGAAUACUUUUGAAGUAUCUUUAGAAUCUCAAAAUAAGUAUGAACAUUUUAAAGUCACUAAUUUUUCUGAAAUUUUGUUCGACAAUCCUCUUUCUUGGUAUCCUAUUAACGAUAAACUGCGUAGUAUACUUAUUCUUCAUGGACCAAAUCGUGGGAUAACAGUACCUAAACCAUUCAAAAAUCAUUGGUUUUUAAAACAAAUGAAUAACGGUGAAAAGUGUGACAGAACAUGGAUGAUAUAUUCUGAACCUAAUGAAGCUAUUUUUUGUUUUUGUUGUAUUUUAUUUGGAACCAAAUCAAGUGCCUUAACAGAUCCUAAACAAGGUUUUACAAACUGGAAAAAAAUGGAACGUUUAAUGGAACAUGAAAAUUCUUCAGACCACGUUAAAAAUUUCCUUGAAUGGAAAAUUUUUGAAAAAAAAUUAAAAAAUGGUGGAGCUAUUGAUGACUGUUUAUAA